UGGUGCUAUUUAUAGACAGGGAGAAAUUUGGCAGAUCCAUCUCGGUCUCGCUAGUACAGCCUCUCCUUUCAGACAAAGUUGUUCGUUCGGGUAUCUCUUCUCUUCUUCGACCAAACAAGCAGAUGAGUAUGGCGGAGCUGGACAAAAGAACGCACAGUGUAACAACCUCGAGAGUGGAAAAGCGGUCGAAUUAUGUGUCCAAAAAAAGUACGGAAACCAGCGAAACGGAGGAUGUCAAAAGGUAUGAGGAGCGCGGGAACGCCCUGAGAAACAAUAAUUAUGAAAUGAAUGGCACGAAAGACCAUGAUAAAAUGCAAGUUGAACUGUCAGAUGAGGAGGAAGAGGAAGAAGAACAAGAUGGAAUCAAACCUUCCGUCGAUCCUAAUGAGGUGGCCAAGCGCUUCAGCCAGGCUGGAAAAGAAAAUAACACUCUCUGCAAAAUAUGUGGAAAAUUCGUUUAUCAAAUGGAAAAAGUCAAAGCGGAAAAGAACAUUUUUCACAAAUCUUGCUUCAGAUGCAAGGAGUGCAACAAAGCUUUAACAGUGGACAGCUAUUCCUCUCACGAAGGUGAUAUAUAUUGCAAACAGCAUUUCAAAUUACUUUUUCAGCCUAAAGUUAAAUUUGAAGAUGACGCAGCACCAAAGAGACCCAGGAAGCAUGAAAUGAUUAUAAGAGAAAACAUCCCAGCUGAACUACCACCCGAUGUUGUUCGCAGUAAUUCUAAAGCCGAUGAUAUAUUGGAUAAUAUAAAUUUAGAUUUAACUAAUAUAAAAUCCAGGUUUGAAUCAGGAGGGGAAGAAUAUAAGCUUCCUUCUCAUACCGAUAUGUUACGAUUACAGAGAUGUGAUAGUCUUAUGCUCAGAUUGGCUAAAUAUCAAUCUGCGAUUGCCGGAGAAAACGAAAAUGGUGAUAUACAAGAUUCUGAUAGCGAAGACGACGAAGAUAGGGACCCCUCCGUUGUUAGAGAGAGCAGAAAACGGGAAAAAGUAGCUUUUCACGAUAUGGAUAAUUUGAAAUCGCAAUGGGAAACAGGUGCGCUGGGAACUCGAGAAGAAAGAAAAGAUGAAAUCAAAGAUGAAGUUAAUCGUAUCAGACAGAGACUUUGUUUAGGAAGGUCGGAAUCUAUGAGACAGGUCUAUGAGAAGGCGUGUCAAGAUUCUGGCAGAAUGGGACCUAGAAGGAGUGAUACGAUUAAUCUAGGAAGGGAUAUCAAAGCCGGGCACAUCAAAGAGAAAUUCGAAAAGGGGGAUGUAGAAGAUAAGUACUUAGUAUUGGAAAAAGUAGAAAAAAUCCGUAAAGAAAGAGAAGAAGAUUUGAGUGUAUUUACGGAACCAGGCACAGCAACUACAGCAAGAAGUCUGUUCAAACAGAUAGACGCCAACGUUCAGACUCUUCCUCCCAUUAGAACUAACAAGUCGCCUUCUGUAGAGAGAAGUCGUUCCAGGACGUUUUCUACUCAGUCAUCUGUCGAUGGAGAAGUCGUCAAGUGCAGCGAACCAGCCGAAAAAGAAGAGAUUCAAGUUGAAACUACGGAAGUUAGCGAAAGAUUUAAGUUUUUCGAGAACUUCAAAGAGGAAAAGAAAGAAAGAAAACGAUUUCAGAUCACGCCACCUCGAGAAACCAAGAAAGAAGAAUCGCCUGAAGUAGAAAUUCCACGCGAUCCUAACGUAGUGAGAUCUGGAAGUAUCGUUGAUGAUAUACCAAUGACGGAUACAGCAAAACGCAUGUUAGACAAGUUUAAAGCGCUGGAGAAUGGAGAAGAAUCGGCUCCAAAACCCAGCGGGCCUAAACCUUUGAAGCGUAUUACACCCCCACGCGAAUUUACUCGACAAGACAAAGACAAGGAUUCUUCGCCAGAACCCGAGAGAGAUCCCUCUAUUGUAAGGUCAAGUUAUAAAGUAGAAGACGACAUAGUAGUAGAAGCGGAUAAGGCCAAACUACUUCGCGAAAAGUUCGAAAAAUGGGAAGCAGAAAUGAAAGAAUUGGAACCAGAUAGAAACGAAGAGGAUGAAUAUUUACCACAAGCUGAUACGGCCAAGAAUUUGAAGGCGAAAUUCGAAGCAAUUAAAGAAGAGGUUCUGAAGCCUAAGGAAAAGCCCAAACCAAGAGUGCGGCGCUUCAUAUAACCAUCAUCGAAAGGACUGUUACGAAAGGAGGAAGAGUUUAACCCAUUUUCAUCAACUUCGGCUUCUCGACUCCGACUGACGUGAUUUAAGAUGAAGAUCAAAGCCAACUUCGGAUUCUCAUCUAUUCGAAGAUCGAGUGAAAAAAAGAGUCUUUAGACUUUUUACUUAGAUUUUUAUUAUAUUUUAUUCUAUCGGAAGUAGAAUCAACUAAAUAGCCAAUCAUUAUUAUCAGCAUUCGGAAAAAAGCGACUUCAUUCCAGCUUUCUUCUUCAGUGAAAGGAAGUUUCGAAACAAAAUAAUGAUUGGUCCAGAAAACAAUAACGUCUGCAUUUUCUACUAACACGGUCAUCUUUCAAAGCUUUUACAUGAUAUAUAGUCAGAUCAUUUAUGUAAGAGAAGCUUCUGGUUGUAUCUUGCGUGAAAAUAAAAAUCUUGAUGGAUUUUU